AUGCAUGAUAAAUGUGGUGUUAGUGCUGCAGUAGGUUAUCCAUUGGAUACAAUAAAGGUGAGAAUUCAGACAGAAGCACAGUAUCGUGGAAUAUGGCACUGUAUCAGAGAUAUAUAUAGAAAUGAAAGGGUGCCAGGUUUUUUCAAAGGCAUGUCAAUGACGGUUUUAAUGGCAUCACUGAUUUCAUCAUUUUCAUUUGGAAUCUACAAAAACUUCCUUUAUAGUAUCUGCAGAUUACGAUAUGGCUCUUCAGACAGAAAACCAUCAAAAGUGGAUAUAUCAUUUGCAGGUUGUGUUACUGGAGCUGUGCGGGUUGUGCUAAUAUCACCUGCAGAAAUAGCCAAAGUAAGAUUACAGAUCCAGAAAGAACCAUAUUACUUGAUAGGAUCAUCUCAUCCCUUUGACUCUCAACCUAAGUAUCAAGGUUCCUUGCAUUGUUUGAGGACAAUAGUCAAAAAAGAAGGCCUUGGAGGUCUGUACAAAGGAUCUUUGGCUCUGUUGGCCAGGGAUUGCCAUUCAUGUGGACUGUAUUUUCUCACCUACUCUGUCCUGUGUGAUUGGCUUACUCCAACUGGUAAAAACAAACCAGACCUGUGGGCUGUGCUUCUAUCUGGAGGCUGUGCUGGUGUUCUUGCCUGGGGUACAGCAACCCCAAUGGAUGUUAUUAAAGCCCGAAUGCAAGCAGAUGGUGAUGGGCAGCGUAAAUAUACUGGACUAAUGCACUGUGUCAAAGACAGCAUAAGGGAAGGAGGAGUACGAGUUCUUUUUAAAGGCCUUGGGCUAAACUCGCUUCGUGCGUUUCCUACAAAUAUGAUGAUAUUCUUAACUUACGAAGCUGUUCUUAGGUUUGGGAAACGUUUGGAGAAAUGAAGAUUUUAUUUCAGCAUUAUUCUAGAAGUGGUUGCCUAUUUUUAAAGCAAUUUAUUUAAAUAUCUUUUUCAAAAAAAAACUUGUGAUAAAUUAUGUUUACAAAUUUCAGGAUUGGAUGUAUGUAUUAAAACUGUAUUAUGCUCUCAAUAGUUUUUUUUGGUGUGUGUGUGUUUGUGUAGCAUG